ACUCACGUGCUGAAGCAUCUUUCAUUGUAGUGAGAUCUCCGAGGAAGCCAAGGAUCAGCCGACGGACCUCAAGGGGAGGCAGGAACGGGCGGUCGGCCUGCGGCGGAACUCGAUCUCGAUGCCCACGCUGACGGCGGAAGAUCUGGACGCGCUGCACCAGUCCAGGAUCGAUGAGGAGGAAAGCAGCAUAAUGAUUGUGGAGGAGCAAAGCGUCUGCUCCGAUUCCACCGUGACCCCGCAGACCCCAACCUCCGCCAUCAGCCUGAAACCGAUGCUUCACUAUGACGAUGCCAGCGAUGAAGAUGAGGAGGAAGAGCCAGCCAAGCCGACCAAGAACCUCUUCCGGAGCAGACGCCGUGGUUCGAUUGCCCCGCUGCCGGCGCUCCGGCUCAACGACAAGGAGAUGAUGGCGAACGACUUCGACACGCAGAGCGUGCUGAGCAAUCAGAACUCGAUCACCAGCAUCAAUUCGCUGGCGAGUUUGCUCAAGGAGAAGAUGCAGAACGUCCCGGCUAUGAUCCGCAAGAAGAAGCGCGAAACCAAAGACUACAAGCUGCGCUGCUUUGUCGGCAUGCUGUUUCUUAUCAUCGUAUUUCUCGUCGGCUACGCGUACGUCAUGUACAACCAGAAGCUGCUGGCCAAGUCGUACUUCGAGAGCGUCAAGCUGCACAAAAAGACGCGCGGGCUGAGGAUUUUGGACCCGAAGGGGAAUGACCUGCUGACGGGACUGCUCGGCAUUGGGAUGAACAUCGACAAGCCGUACAACUGUUUGGUGAAGGAUUUGCGGGACGAUGGCAGCGUGUGCUACGAGUGGAACUCGAAGGCACGGUUGUACAUGAACCUGGAGAAGACGACCUCGCCGGAGAUCAAGUGCUACAGCUUUAGCUGGGAAACGCUGGUGGAUGGGUACUAUCCGACCGAUUGCUUCGACAUUGGGGAGGAUCGUGGCUAUUGGUACGGGGGAGGUUUGACCAAGGGGAUUGACUAUCCACUGGGGAAGGCGUCGUUUGACUUUGCUCCGUUUGUUACGGGGGACAUCAACAUCCAUCAGUGGGGCAAUGCUGUGAAGAGGUACUUUUUGAACUCGAAGGGCGUGGCUAUUAAGGUUGAUGAAAGGACGCCACUGUAUGUGAGCUUCAACCAUGGGAACAAGAAUCGGUUCUGUUUGCAAGGUCGUCACGAUAACUUCGCUUUCGUAAAUCGGUUGUCGAAAUAUCCUGAACUGAAGUAUCAGAUUUGCACGGGGCCUGAUAUGAAGAGCGUACACAACAAUCUCACGCAAAAGAGUCUGUGGGAUGGAUUGACCGAGAAUGACAACACGAUCAUCAAGUCUCUGCUGAGGGAACCGGUGUGGCAGAUUCCUGCCUCGAGUCAGGCAGAACUCACAGAAACGACCAUCUACAAUUACACGGAAAAUGUAAUCGCUUCUGGGUACCUGCGACUAGGCCACGUGCUCAUCAAUGAGUACUGGCAGAAGAACAUUGGUGAUUUCCAGCUGGACCCGGAACGAUUCCCCACACUGGCUGACACGGUCAAAAUCCUUCACCGACGAGGCUUCCGAAUCUCACUCUCUGUUCAACCGUUCAUCAGCACUGAAAGCAGCAACUUCCUGGAAGCAGUUAGUGAGAGACUGUUGAUUCACGAGCGUGAGUCGGAACGCAGCAUUCCGGCGUUGACCAGGUACAAGAGCUUGGCUAGCGCUGGCGUGCUGGACAUCACCAACAACGAAACCGUACCGUGGUUGCGCAACCAACUGGCCAAACUCAGCGAAACCAUCGGAAUCGAUUCGUUCUACGUGGAUUUUGGUAACGCGUUUAACAUCCCUCGUUACUACCAGUGCUCGACCACGUUGAAAAACCCCGACCAGUACAAAACCUUCUUCAUGGAGCGCUUCGAAGCCAAUCUCAACAUUUUCGGAGUCUCAAGUGCCAUCUCCGUGCCGCGUCCCCCAGCCUUCCUCAGCCUUCCACCGGUCAACAGUUCCUGGAGCGGCCUCCAAACCAUCAUCCCAACCGUGCUCUCGUACGGCGUGAUCGGCUAUCCCUUCAUCAUGCCCGGCCCAGUCGGCGGAGACUUCCUGCUCCCAACGGAAAAACUCCCCAAAAUGUACUCAUUCUACCCGCUCGAGUUCCCACCCCUCCCCGAGCAGGAACUGUACAUCCGAUGGCUGCAAAUCGCCACCUUCCUGCCAGUUCUGCGCUUCACCCACCUCCCGUCGGAGUACCGAAAUGAUUCGGUAACGGAAAUCGCCAAGGAGCUGGCCGCAAUCCGGCAGAAAACGAUCGUCCCCAUGCUGGAGCAGUAUUCCAGCGUGGCGAUGGACGAGGGACUGCCCAUCAUCCGGCCGCUCUGGAUGAUGGACGCCACCGAUGUGAACUGCCUGUUCAUCGACGACGAGUUCUCGAUCGGGGACGGCAUGAUCGUGGCGCCGAUUCUGUACCGGUCGGACACCAGUCGGGAAGUGUAUCUUCCGCAAGGCGUCUGGAAGGACGGCAUCGACGGUUCGCUGCGCAAGGGAAACCGCUGGAUCCACAACUACCACGUGCCCCAGAACAAGGUCGCGUACUUUGUCAAGAUGCCGGACAAUACCCGCUUCUAGGAGUGUGGAGCUGUAUUCACCUACUAGUGACGUAAACAAAGCAUUCUCAAAACCCUUCCCAAAAAAUAA